GUGAAUCACCUAUUGGAUUUUAAUAUAAUUAGAUACCACAAAAAUACUCACGAUGUGUUGCGUUUCGGAUGCUGGUCUUGCAUAGCGCUGUCUGACCGCAGGUGUUACACAUUGUUAUCAGUGCUACUAAUUCCUUUAUAUCUCGUUUAUCCGUGCAUGGAAUUUAAUUUACAUGAGUUGUAGCGUGUAAACACACAUCAUAUAAGCCGAAAGGCAGUUUUGUAUGUCGGCUUACCAGGUGCUUGGCAUAGGUAUUGCCAUAGGUUGGUGACAUAGCACAAUGAGGUUUCCAGACACCCGUUUGGGAGGUUUAAAGAUGAUGCAGAACAAGGAUGUGGACAUCAAGCAUGCCAUGAAGCCGGGUGCCACCGCCAAGGAAGGCAAAUUAGCUUCAAGAAUGGGCACUAAGCGUGACGUUUUACAAGGUCUCCAGGAGGAGGCUAAGGAGCUGCUAUCGUUGACCUAUGAGUUGAACAUGGACCAUGAACCAGGUACCAAGGAUAUAUCAUUUGGUGACAACGCAGGUACCAAGACGCGUGGUCUAUUGAAAUCGCCACGAUUGAACAUUGACCGUACAACCAAGGAGAAGAUGGACUCAGUUUGGAUUGAGGAUCCCUUUGAUGCGGGCUGCAAGCUGUUACCUGGUGUAUCUAAGUCGUGUGGUACUGAGAAAACGCUUGACAUGACUUUGUCAGACGAAGCUCGUGAACGUGUUGUCGGCAAUCAUGCAUCGGUUGAUGUAAUACAACCGCUGAUGAUUCCUGACAAUGGCCCAAGCUACCCAUUAGACCUCUCAGUUCGUGAUAUUCAAAAAAGUUCACCCUUGACCCUUGACGCUGCCAGGGAGGGUUACCGUGAGAUGCUGAUAUCUUUACAGCACAAGUACAGCGUAGUCCUACGUAUGUUCGAGGAAAUCAAUGAGCAGCGCAUGUCGUAUGUCGAGGGCAUUGAGGAGCUCCAGGGUAACCUGGACAAUGCCCGAUCUGUUUUACAACUGCAGAAAGCUGAGAUCACUAAAUUGAACGGCCACUUGAGUUACCAGGAAAACGUCACCAAGAAGGCGCUAAAGGACCUCGAGCGUUGUAACGAUGAACUCUCUGAGAGCCUACGCCACGAGGAUGAGCUGAAGUCAACCCUCCAGGAGAAGGUGGAUGUAAUAGGGCGCCUGGAGGCUGACAUAUCGGAACAGCAGCUAUCCAUCGACCAAUUGACCAAGAAGAUCAAUGAGCUAUCCUUCAUGCCGAAGAUUAAGGACAAUACCGAAUUUGCGGACUCCGAGUUCACUUAUGAGCAGGCCAUACGUGCUCUAUGGGACACCAUGUGCAAGUUGGAGAAUCCUAGCCUCACUGAGGUUGACCUGAAGAAGCUGAUUGAGGAAGGUGACAUUGAGGCACCCUUGCGUUACUUGGAGACCCUCUAUAAAAUGCCCAUGACCAAUCUCUUGUUUACUAUAUAUCGCUACCGAUUUACUAUAGAAUCGAAAUAUUUGAAUGAUUUCCGCCAGAUGCGUGAGGAUGCUGAGCGCAAGGUUGAGAUAACCAACGAGCGUGCUCAGCAGUUGAUUGAUACCUAUGCCGCUCGUGUUAUACAGGCGAAUGCUGAGAACCACUCCGUGGUUGCAUUCCUCAAUCGUCUAUUAAAUCGCCGUACCAUAGCAGCUAACAGCAAGCUCAUGGCUCGUAUCGAUAAGCAACUCCGGGUACCUACUGCUGUCAGGUUACUGGAAAAGCGUGUUGUCGGCAAACCGUACUUCCGUAACAUUUUUGUACGUGUAGUUGGGAAUAAUCUACAAUUUGGUCGUGUUACUGCAGAGCAGUUUAUUGUGAAGAACUCGGUGGCUCUUAUGAGCAUUCACAAAAUCGACUUUGGUUACAACUCUGGGAGUUACAUUUUAUAUCACGAGUUAGUGGAUGCACCUGAUGUCUAUCCAUGGCAUUUCUUCUCAAUAGCCACGUCUGCCAAGGAGUACCACAUGAUAUGUGUGAAUGACCAUUUACUUGAUGUUUUGGUGUUGGGCCUGAAACAGAAGUUCAUAUCACAUCGGUUUAACAGCGGUCCGCUGGACAUUUCACAGAUGCGUCUUCUGAAGGCCAAGACUAAGUUACACUACUACUGCAUGAAGGAGGGUAUAUCAGAGCACCGCAUGUGGCUGCAGGCUAUUAAGAAGACUAUUGACCAGCAAAAUGAAUCUAAGUAACCUAUUGUAAUAUUACUUGAAUAUUAUGACCUAUGUUGCA